AUGUUUCGCAUCAAGGGGGCCUAUCGUGCUGCUGCCGUGGUGUUCUUCACUCGCAAUGAUGAUGGCUCCGUUGCCAAAGUCCUUGUGGCUGUGGAGGAGAGAAAGGUGAAAGCAAGCUUCCUUGACCUUGAAGACAAGGGCAAGGUCGUAGAGCGCUUGGUGGUGUUUCCGAUGGGACGCAAGGAGAAGAAGGACAAGAACGAUCCGGUUGAAACGGCCAAGCGUGAGUACAUCGAGGAGACCCUUGACUAUGGCUCCCUGGCCAGGUAUUUGGACUUUGCAGAUUUCGAUGGUGGUGGUGACAGCGCAGCAGCCAGAUUGGCUCCAGGGAGCAAAGUGCCCAUGACAUGGAGUGGAGCCGACAACAUGGCUCUCUACUUCGCACCUGCUGGUCUCACGGUCCUUUUCUGUGAGGUGCCAGUGGCAGAGGCCGAUGAGCCAGGACAUGAGCCGCCUGCCAAGAAGCAGCGGCAAGAGGAGACAGCGGCCGAGCUGAAGGCGAUGCCGAAGCCGAGUCCAAGUUACCACGUCGGAAAGGUGGGACACUUGCAAUCCGUUUGGUUGGACGCACAGUCCUUGCGGACAGUCGCCGAAUCCAAGGACAAGGCUCCAAAGUUGAGUCUGCAGGGGCAAGACUGCCGAUUUUUCCCUACCAGUGCAAGUGUGCUCCGGCUUCCAGAGGCUCGUAAAUGGCUCGAAACGACGCCGAAUGCUUGA